AUGGCCUCAUGGCAGGUUGGUCAUCGCGUCCUGCGCGUUCUCUAUGCUAUUGGACUUUGGGGUUUUCUGCUGCCAAUCUUGACGAUCAUGGCCACCCGCUCGAUCUUUGGAAGAGCGCCCAGGCCGGCCUUCGGAUCAGCGUGGCAUGUUCUUGCCUUGACCCUUGACAUUUUCAUCGGGGAAUGCUUGUCCGUGGCAGGCAUAGCUUUUAUCUACCUUUUGUCCUUCCUCACCGCUGUGCGGAGUUCGAUGCCCGCAGAUGCCGCGCCAUCACAAAGUGAAGGUGCCGCAACACCUGCGCCUGUUGAUCUUCAGCACAUGGUCAGCGAGGUGGAGACGACGGAUUCUCCGGAGUCAACGGUAUCUGUCGGAAUUCAGGUGGACACGCGGCAGCGCCAAGAAGAGGCAGAUCCAGAGGAGGAUCUUCUUAACAUCAUGGGCCUGCAGGGCAACCCUGUGCGGUCCCUAUUGAGCAUGCUGACCUUUUUGUGCGCCAACGUGGGGGGCAUCUACACAUUUCUGGGUUUGCCUUCAUACUUGGGCCGCUGGAUUCUGGUUCGGGUGCUUCCAUGGAUCCAGGCCCUGGCCCCAGAGGUGGUCAUGGUGCUAACAUGGUCUUCGGGUGAGGAAAGUUCUCGCUCAAGAGGAGCGAGGGAGGACCGCCAGCCAGCGGGCAGGCCGCCUCUUGAGCUUCCUUCUGCCGGAGUGAAUGCGCUGCUGGACCUCUGCGCCUUGCUAUUUGGGUAUGGUGCCCUGGCGUGUUGCAUGACGGUACUUGUGUUGGGAAUGCUCCUCCUUGGAGCUACCACUGGACGUGGCCAGAAUUCGCGGUGUUGGCAGGCCUGUCGAACUUUGGUGGUUGCUGCCAAGACUCACUUGUUCGAGAGCGUUUCUCACUCGUGGCAGAAACUUCAGCGCCUGGCUGUGGCCUUACUACAGUUGGUGGCUUUUCCCUCGUACGUGGGACACUUGGUGCUAUGCCUUCUCGCAGGGCCAGUGUUGCACCUCUCCCAGCAAGCGAGAGCGUCGAUCAUGAGUGCCAACCCUUUCAUAACAUUUGUCAUGCAGCUCUUCAUUGGCUACGUCCACCUCUGGGGCUUCGCGUUCAUGGAGGGUUGUGUUGCAAAUGUCCUCAUGCCCGACGUGGUGCAGAGAGCUUCUUUGAAUUUCUUUGUGGGCGCCAUCAACUGCCACAGGCGCUUGUUCGGAACAAUGACCGAAGAGCUGGGCACAACGGAAGCAGCGCCGCUGCCCCCGCACUGGGCAACCUUGAAACUUUCCCUCAUUCACGUUGCCGUGCACACGCCUCUUGUCUUUGCGGUGUGGUACCUGCCGGCCUAUCUGCUUGACAGGUUUGUUGGCGAGGCACUCUUCCCCAUGCUGCUCGUGGACCAGACAGGCAUCAAUUGA